ACAAGAAGUCGAAACCGACAUUUCUCCAACAAAGAAGGUUAUGAAGUGAAACACAGAAGUAAGAGAUUUUAACAAUUGCAUUCAACAUUACUAUAUAGACUAUAGUAUAGUGAAGAUAAUCUCGUAUUAUAUAGACAUAUUUAGUCAAAUAAAGUCUUUCUGAUCAGACCAGAAAAACUGAAUCUAUAUCAGUGGAUACUCUCACUGAUAAUAGUCUAUUGGCAUGCAUGAGUAGGCUCGAUUAAGAUCCAGAGACGCGCAACUUAUGAAAAUAGGAAACGGAUGGAUCCUAACUUUGGAUAUAAGUUGAUAAUUAUUGACUCAUGUCGUCAGAAUAUCUCCCGGGUGGUGUUAAAAUAACUUUAAACAAAAUUUUAGAACAACAACGGCAAACUGUAAGAUAUUCCUGUUUUGUGUAAUCCCGACAUUGUGUCGUGUGCUCAUGUUGUUUCAAACUAUAGCAGGAUAUCUAAAUCAUGUGGUUUGCUCAGCAAGUUAUAAAACUUAAAAGUUUUUCUUUUGUCAAGUAUUAACCAAACAUAAAUAUCUCGCACAGGCACAGAGAUUGCCAAGUUCAAGUUUAAAUAUUGCGCGCUGUUGUAAACAACUAGGAAACUAUGUCGGCGAAUUCUAUAAGGAUUGAGCAUCGAUUGUGGGUGACUGUUUGAAACUGUAAUCUAAUUGAUUCCCUGUAGGUUUGAAUAGCGAUAAGUACAAUUUAUUCCUUUUUGUGGCAAACAACAGGUUUAUUUAUUUCGUAAUACACUAGGUUUAUUUAUUUCGUAAUAUACUAAAUAAAUAAGCAUCAUGUUUUCCACAAUAACAAAUCAAUUAAUUAUGAGUUAUGCUGUACAUGUGAUUCAUUAAACUUAAAGUUUCUAAAUUUGGCAUUUGAAUUCUUUCGGUUUUUUGUAGUAUCAACUGUAAUGAAUCUUUAAUGAUUUUCCUGUCUCAAAACUCAUCAGAGUGCUAUAAAUGUUCCGGAAUUUUAGGCAAAUAUCUCUAUACUGCGGAAAUAUGCUCAUGCCGUGUAAAUCUCCGGACUGAAAACAUGCGGUUCCAAAUUUGGUUUGAUGAACUUGCAUUUUAACAGUCAUACCUCUGUAACUCGGCUAUGCCCUGUGGACGAUUACCACGAUGUAAAUCUUAAAUCUACAGGAGCAGAAGUAGUUGUGGUAGAAAAAUGCAAGUGUAAACAUUCAGGCUAAUGUUUCGAGGGAGGUCUCAUUAGAGAGCUUUACAUGUGUAUGUCUAUGUGCACUUGCGCAGCAUUCAUGCCAUAUUUUACAGAGAGAUUAAGGUUUUACUACGACUACUUGCACUCACUCAUCGUCCAUCGUCAGCGGACAAAAGCGCGCAAACUAUGAAUCCUCGUUUUCCUACUUAAUAAAUCAAUCUCUAAAAUAGAUGUCGCAAAUGUUACUAUGGUGUGACUGCACAAACAAUGAUGAACCCCUCAGACUGAAUACAUAUCUGAGAAACAGAUUUUUGCACAGUCUCGAAAGCCACCAAUUUUAUUUGAUAUGGAGAAUUACCUUUUUCUCAAAGUUUUUUUCGAUCCUGUGUGCAGUAUAUGCGUCGUUUCAGUUUCUGAGCCUUCAGUUUCUAAGCAGCUUCACUGCAUGAGUGCAUGUUUAAUCAUCGUUUAUCGUAUACAGGUCAGUUUUGUAUUACGAUUUCAAAAACUCAUUAAUAAUUAAUGAGGAAAACACAAAGAAAAAUCAUGAGCGUGUCGUAUCUUUACAUGUGAUAGACGGAUUUCCCUUGAUUCACAUAAACUUUAACUUUCAUUUUCUCACUUGCACAACCUUUUUUCUGAAAAUUACCGCUUCGCCAAUGAACUUACUAGAUCGAUCGUUUUUGAAGCAAUUUAAAACAUUCGCAGUACGCGUGUUAUCAGACCUAAGAUACUCGGCUUCGCCUCGUAUCUUCAUAUCUGAAUUCACCUUAGUAGUCAUGGGGGGGGGGGGAGAGGAGGGGGGCAGCUGCCCCCAGAAGAAUUGAAAUGUCGAUAAGUUGGGCAAAUUUUGAACAUAAGUCGGGCAAAUGUUGAACUAGGAAUGUUGAACGUAAGUUGAGAAAAAGUGGUUAAAAUAAGCUGAAAAACAACAAAUAUAUAUAAAGAUAAUAGUAAAAAUGCAAGAAAAUAGGGCGAUGUGGCAAAACAUUUUUAGCUUUCCAAAUGUUCCGACGUUUUGCAGGGAAUUUGAUUAGUCGGGCAAAAUGCAAAAGUUGGGCAAAUUUCGUUCUGCCCCCCUAAUUUUUCCGCUCCCGUACCGGACAAACUAAAAGUCGCGGGCAUACUGGGUGCCCUGCUCGCAGGCUAUCGUAGUCCGACACUGGCCCGACUAUGUUCGACACACCACGGUGAAGCAUGUAGAACAUAUAGAUGUAAAAGCCAUGUUACACGAGGCAAUUUUUGCUGCAACUUGCAAUGCAAUUUUGGAUACAGAGCCAUGUUAUCUAAAAAGUAGUCUCAAGGAAAUUGUCAGCAUGAAAUACCAAAGAAAUGGGAUGAAAAAUGUCGGUAGAAUAAACCGUGGGUUAUGCCCACAAUUAGUUCCUUGUGACUUCUUUUUAGAUAACAUUGCUCUAUGUCAGAAACUGCGUUGCAAGUUGCAGUAAAAAAUGCCUCGUGAAAUAUGGCCCUAUAACCGAGUACAAAUAUCGAACUAAGAUCAUCAAUAUUAUUUCAAGAUUGCAUGUUCACACAUGAAAACAUAAAUUCUUAUAUUCUUCAUUGCCGACCCACCCUUGAGAAAAACAACAUCAGCUGAAACACACCACCCAUACAUUUUCCUAUAAACUAUGUUUCCGAAGUUUUACAAGACAUUAUGGCGCCUUCAGUAUAUAGUUAUCCCGUAUUCACAUGGCGAAGAAAGAUCUACAAGAGUUUCCUCUUGUUAUUAUUCACACCUUAACUAAACAACAAUGUUUAGUCGUAAAAGAAUUAACGAGUUGCAACGGCGCCAUACUGUCGUUACGGAGCUAUUGAGAAUUUGAGGUCACUGAACUAAGUCACAUGUGCACAAAAACAGUGACAGAACAACGUGCAUGGAAAGAGGUGAAUUUUCGUAGAAAAGAACGUUCAUAGAUUUCUAUAAAUAUGCACCACACUAGCUUAAUAUACUUAGUAAAUACCACUUAGUAACUUAGCCAAUGCUCCUUAGCUUUUAAGCCAGUGAAUCGUCUUAUCGUCAGAGUUGUCACGCAUUUUCAAGUUUACAACAAUUUAGAAGAAAACAGUGAUGAAACACCCUUUCAUAGACUAUUUACUACAAUUUCUCGUAAGAGGAACAGCCGCCCGUCCCCCUACCCCAAUUUCCGGCGUUAAUGCAUGAACAGUUAUAGUUUGCGUGAUCACGCGCGCCUAUAUAUUUCCUGCUUAAACUAUUCCUCUUGAGUUCAACACCCGCCACCCGCAUGUCUUGCACUUCCGUAUGGUAAGUGGCCUCCUCCGCUGGCAACUCGGUUGCAAAGGGCAGAAUUACCGCCUGUUUACUUCGAAAUAGGGUGAUCCUAGCAGAAGCCGUAAUCCUAGCAGAAGGGUUACCCUAUAGUCCACUGUGUUUGCACGUUGUGUUUACAUGCGCGCUAGGGUGACCCUGGGGUAGGGUUAAGCCAUGUAAGGGUUAUUUUCUAUCUGUUUUGACUAUAAACCGGCCAACCGGGUGAAUAUAUUAAGAGAUAUCAAGGUUCACAAUAGGACAUGCAGAUAAUCAGGUGCAUGAAAAACUACUGCCAGGGUAUGAAAGUUUCAACAAUUAAGAACACUGUCGGUAAAGAGAUCUUCACGACAAAACCGACAUAGAAGCAGAUUUCGAAGCUCUCUAAUCUACCAACGAAAACGAGAUCGUAGGUGGUUGAAUCCUGAUAAGUUAUUGCGUUAUAUAAAAUAAUAAAGUGCACUAUUAUAAUAAUGCUGCGUAGUGCUACAAUGUCGCAUAUUGCUAUAUAAAAGAACUGAUAAUGCAGAACCAUAGUAUAGUAGUACAGUAUAGUAAUUACUAUACAAAUUACGUACCUAAUAUGGUAGUAUAGAAUUACUAUACAAAUUACGUACCCAAUGUAGUAGUAUAGUAUAUAUAUUGCUAUAUUAUUGCUAUAUUUAGGAACUGUAAUGCAACUUGUCGCCAAAAUUUAGCAAGCACGCAUAGAUGGGUCAAGUCCAUUUUGCGUAUGUAUGAUUCGUGUUUACACAGCGCUCGUAUUUCAAAGAAUAUUUCAAAGAGGAUUUGCUCAUGCAAGCUAUUAUUGUGAUCGUCGCCUUCUUGUCUCUUAUCUCACAUGAACUCAAUAAACUGAUGUACUUCACGCAUUAAGUCACAGCUUAGACAUAUUAACACGUCAUUCGGCACAAUUUUCGGUUUUUCUUGAGUUGACAAAAAAUUAGAAGUUCUUCCAGUUUUUUUUAGCCUGCGUGCAGUUUUGCGAAUUUUUUUAUAUUUAAAGAAAAUGGCAAUAUAUUUUUUAUUUUCUCAUUUGAAAGAACUUUUAAGACUAUAGCCUAUAUAAUACUCUUUUAUGCCCCUUUUUUCUGCCCUUCGAAAUAUCAAUUUUAGGUGCAAUUUUCGUCUUCUGAAUGAUGUGAACGAGUAUAUGAGUAUGAAUGGUCGGAGUAUAUAUACCCCAGUGAGCUCUAUAUAUAUCUGGAGUAAGAACUCCAGUCAUUCGGUCAAUGAGAAAAGUGAAGCCAAGAUGGCGGCCAUUGACGUCCAAUAGUUCUGAAGGUCGUAUACAGUUUUUAUACCAUUUUCCCCAGCUAAUUCCAGUUUUUUCUAAUGGACCGUAUCACUAAUCAAGUUUUCAGUUCAUAAAAUUACAAUAUUAUUCUUUAAAUCGAAGUCAAAAUACGGAAUUUCAACACACUCCUUGCCAAGAUGGCGGAAAUUGAAGGAGCUUUUGGACGUCAGUUCCAGUCCCUUUCUAUUGUUUUUGUAUGCGCGGUUAACACGAAACUGGCUUCAACAUUCAUAAUUCUUCCACUCGUUCACAUCCAUCAGAAGAAAAUCGCACCUAAAAUCGCAGCAAAAAUUACAAGUGUAAACAGGCCUUAAAACAUCUACCAAUCAAUAUUUGGUCAGCAAUGAAUACUAUAUGCAUAUGGUUAAUCCUUGUUGCGACGUUUCCAAAACUACCGUUAAUGAGAUAAAAAAUUAUCCAAAAUGGCGGACAUCUCAUUACUUCAAGUGAAAAUAUUUCAAGAACUAUUAAGCAAGAUAUGAAAAAUCGGUUAAAGAAGUUAAGAUGUAGUUUCAAAAGUUCUUUCAAAUGAGAAAAUAAAAAUUUAUAUUGCCAUUUCCCUUUAAAACAACAUGAUAUUUAAAAAGUUCGGGUUGAGGUUGCACGCAGGCUAGUUAUUUUGGGAAAUGGCAUUUUACUUCUCAUGAAUCUCAGAAGAAAAGUGAUGGCUAUACAUAGUAUAUUACGGUGAGAAUUUUAUUACACCGGCAAAAGUGAAUGGAAAUACGAUACUGUACUUACCGAGUUACACAGACUUUUCAUAAUGCUUUAGAGGAAUGUUACAAAUUGUAAAAAUUACUGAAAAAAAGUAAUGAGUAGAACAUACAAUUACUUCUCCUAAUUACCAAGUACUAAUUACUUUUCAAAAAGUAAUUAAUUACCAAUUACUUUCAAAAUUACUUUUCAUUUUGUCAGUUAAAUCAUUUCGCGCAAAUUGGCGAGAAAUUGAAAAAGACAUAAUGCAUUAACCAUAUCAAUACAUGAAGUAAAGGUGAAGGCUCACGCCGCAUAUUUCACAUACACGGCAAAAAACACCGAGCCCGCUGCUCAACAGGAUUGAACAAUGUUUUGCUGCCCACGUUGUUCACACUUGUCAACAAUAUUGAAGAAUAUUAUUGAGCCUGAAUCGGGUGUAACAACAUUGUUCGAUAUUGUUGACAACUGUGAACAAUCAUUGUUCAAUCCUAUUUUCAUCAAUAUUGCAUCAACCUGAGCGUUUUUACUCGUGUAUUGCAGGCUUAUUUGAAAAAUAUUUCAAUUUUGUAAACAUCGUAUUCGUUGUAGUUCACUAGUUCUUAAGGCAGGUAUAGCCUAGAAAAACGUUUUGCUACUUUUUAGAUUAUGUGUAAUAAAUGUUGUGAGAGAUUGAAGUAAGAUUGAAAAAUAACGUGACGUUACUUUAAGAAAAUUUUACUCGUUACCUUCAAAAUGUAAUUAAUUACGUUACAAAUUACUUCAGUAAGAAAGUAAUUAAUUACCAUCAAAAUUACUCAAAAAGUAAUUUGUAAUUAGUAACGCGUUACUAUUGUUACGAGUAUUUACAACAUUGAUGUUACAUAUGUUUCGAAAAAAACACAAUAUCACAAUAUUUAUUACAUGUACUAUCAUUUUCUACGUAAGUUUUGUCUAUACAAUAACAAAGAAAGUCAUCGGUUCACGAUGUCACACUGUAAAAACACAAGCGAAGUAGAAGCAGUAGAAACAAUCAAUCAACAGGGUUUUUUUUGUGGCCGUUAAUCUUGAAUUGAGUUUUGAAACUCUGUCAUGUCUUUAGCAGUUAAAUUGAAGUUGUUUGGGUAGAAUUUGUGAUGUGGAAAUAUUUUUUCCGUGGGGAACUAGGCAAAAUAAGAAAAAGGUGAACACGCAUGUUAUGUCUCAUCUUUAACUAAUUUAAAUCAAAGGCGUUGUGAAGGCUAAAAGUAAAACUGUGAAUCUGAGAGGCGGGGGAGGAGUAACAGGUGCCAACCCAAAACAGCGCAAAAAUUGACCCAGUAAAAAAUCCUGGCGGAAUAAAAGUGGGAUAUAUAGGCAUUAAUGAGACGGUUGAUGAUUUCUCAGGUUUUCUCUCUUCAUCUAAAAAUCUUGUCUUGUAUCAACUUUCUUAUGAAUUUAAGGUUAAAACAGGGCUUCACCACUCAGAGCAAUGUUAAACAAUUUUGUGAGAUAAUUACCGGUCACGGCUUGAAAUGCUAGUGUUAUAUAAGAGGCAGUGAAAGUAGGUAUUUUGCCAUUCUCAACAGAGCGUGGAUUAUUCAUUGUUAAUUGUCCUGUUAAUUAUUAUUCAUUGUGUUGAUAGCCGGGGAGAGCAGUUUAACAGAACUGCAUGGUAGAGCUUUCUAGAAUAACUAAUAAAAUACUUUAGUUUGGGUUUAAUAUCUGCUUCUCAUGUGACACAUUGCAUAUUUACUAGAGGGUAAACCAAUACAGUUCAGUGUCCUGAAAAACACAACAGUUCAUCUUGGUAGGACUGCUGUAUUCCGCUGUGUGAUCACUGGCUCACCCUCCAGGAUACGUUGGAGACAUAAUGGUAGAUAUAUCCCACACAUACGGCGAAAAUAUCGUACUCGGUCAUAUUACUGGGGAGGAGUUUUGCAAGUGAGAAAUGUGCGAGUCUCGGAUUAUGGAGUGUACACGUGUAAAUCAAGGAAUAGUUUUGGUCAGAUGACGUCAAAUGAAGCUUAUUUAAAAAUUAGAGGUUUGUUUCGCUGCCUACCACCUAUAUACAAUCGUUCAUGAUCUAGUUGGGUAAUGUUUCUCAACAAAUUCAGUAACAUGCUUUAUUUUUCAAGUACGAUUUUUGUGGCGGAUACAGUAUUUUCCCAUCUUCAUUAUGCAUACUGGCAUACUAUGCAAAUAACAUUUUUGAGGCUGAAAAUGGUUGGAUAAAUAUAAUUUUACCAUAAUUACAAACAGAUUGUUGGAAGAAGCGUUUAUCUAUGUGAACAUUACUAUUCUUUACAGCAGUGGUUUUGUAAAAGAGUGUUAUAUAAAGAUGAAUUACCACGUUGAGACAAAACCAUUGCCACUUCAACAUAUUUAAACCGCACAACGACCAUACCCAGUUAGAUCCUGUUUGUACUAAUGUAACUACAAGUCCACAAUCACUAUAUUUCUUCCCUCUAUCUUUUAAUCUUUAUAUUAUUUUUUCUUACAGGCGUGAACCCACUUCAUCGUGAAAGGUAAAACUGCUUAAUACAUCAUAGGAAUUAUUAGUUAUGCUCUUGCAUGGUAUUCAAGAUGAAGUUGAAGUAGUGUUGCAGUACUUUGUGGUAAUGUAUACCUUUCCACAAAUAGAGUUGUUUCAGUAUAAUUUUCUAUCUCAAUUACAGAUGUGAAAUGUACACGGGAAAUCUGUGUUCGACCCACGUGAGUGCAAGGAAAGUCUUUAUUAAGUUUGGUCGGACUCAACGAGAUACGGAGAAAAAAAUUGAGGACAUUUUCAGAAGAAUGUCAUCAUAUAUAUCAUCGAAAUGUAAAGCCUAUCUUCUUCGAUCACUCUGCAAGUAUUACUUCCCACCCUGUGAUCCCAACAGGAAGAAACCUAAAGCGAUUCCAAUCUGUAAGAAAGACUGUGCACAUUUGGAGCAAAACGUAUGUCAAUCAGCGUUCACUAUUGUAAAAGCAAUAUCAGUGAACUUACGAUUCCAGCUUCCAGUGUGUAGUAGUCUACCUACAGCUGACGCAGAGAGUGCACCAACAACUGUCAGAGGAUAUUUUCUGCAAGUGAGUGGUCUGUUCAUAUAUGGUGUAUAAUUAUCAACUCAUAAUGAAGGUUUAAGUUGACUGUAGUAAAAGCGAACAACACUGGGAAGACGUUUUAAACGAUGCAUUAUAUUUGAAAUGAUUUUGAGUGUCGAUGAUCUCCAUGCAGGCUCUUUUGGUUCCACUCAAAAUCGUGAUUUCUUCCGAGGAGUAUACACAGGCAAGCGUACUGCAUGAUUUAGGAUGUAGACCUGAGCAGAGUUUAUGUUUAGAACCCUUUUUCAUCAAGAAAACACGAAAAGAACAUGGAAACUCGUAAUGAGCUUGCGACGGGGUAACUUCAGCUUGUUAUUUUAUCCUAGCGGAAAUACUUAAAAUCCAAUUAUUGUUUUAGAUUGCAGAAAUGAUGAGGUAUUUUUCUUAUAUGUCUAUUUUUCAGAAAUCAGAUCUAAAGCGACAGAAACAUCCUCAAAGGCCGGAGCCAAAAACCAUGCAGAAAUACUGAAGACAUUAUUUACAAUAGUCAGUGGAAUACCUCACCAUACUGAGGCUAGAUCAAGAGAUACCAUGAAAAGCAGGGAUCAUCCAGUCAAUGUUGACAGAUCGGAAGAUGAAUAUAAAAAAUAUAAGUAUGUUUUAGCUUUGAAAAGAUUGUUCCUAAUUUAUCCAGCUUCUUUCACACUAAAACGUCAUCAAAACUAUUCCUGGAUUUCAUCUUGUUUUCUUCUUGCAGUAACAGUCAUGGAAAUAGAAGAAUUCCAAAACAUUGUGAGCAUUUUAUAUUACAAUUUUAUCAAUUUAUUUGAUAAAAUAUCUACGUUCAUAACCUUUUGUCUUUUGAUUUCUUCUGAAACAUAUAGUUAGGUUAGACGUGAAUGAAAUGAAUUGCUCAACAUUUUUUGGAACUCUUCAAUUUAGUAAUGUAAUAUGGAAUAAUUUAGUCUAUUGAUAGUGUUCAAUGACGCCAUCAUCAAAAUAUGCUUUGACUGUUGCUUUACUGUUGUUGCUGUGUUGUUGAUUGUGUCAAGUUGUGGUGGUGGACAGCUAUCUUCGACUUUCUACAACUUUGAUUUGUGAUUCGAACAAAACCAUUUCUUUACAACUCUUAAUUCUUCUAUUCCAAGUACGGUCGUACAUAUCAGUAGCUACCUACUUUAUAGUAGCAAAGUUUAAUAAAAAAACACCGAUUAUUCUUUUAGAGGAAAAUGUGAACCAUACAACGGGAAAGUAUGUUCAGACUACAUUAGAGCAGGACAACUGAUCUUCAUCUCAGAAAAUCGUACUCAACAAGGACGCGAAACAAAACUAAAUCGUAGUUUAAAGAACGUGAUACCGUUUACAAAAACUAGCUGUCGUAACUUUGCUUUGAAAGCUUUGUGUUAUUACUUCUUUCCACCGUGUCUGGCAGAUAACAUAACUCCAAAUCUGAUCUGUCGUAAAGAUUGCGAAAUACUCGAGGCUCAGAUUUGCUCGAAAGAAUUUCAAUAUGCCAGGACGAUGCCAAUUGGAGGUGAACUUAUCCCGGAGUGUGUGAAUUUACCAGAGAAACAAGAAACCUGUUUAGAGCUUGGUGUUUCUGGUGAGUAUUUAUCUCAUUAUUUAAUUAGCAAUCCCAACCAUAUCAAUUUGGUUGAUGUAAUGGAAUCUAAAAAUAUAUAUCAGAACACGAUGAUAUCUUGGAUGUGUUUUUGUUAUCCAAGAUGAUACAUUAGAGAAAAAUAUCCAGACCAUUUUACAUAGUCAAACAUCAGUAACUUUGUUCAGACUGUAGACGCGACCAAAUGAAAACAUCAAUUUAUUAUAAAACUGUAUUAUUGUCGUUGGGCACAAUUGUCGAUGAGUCUGUUUCAAAUUGUAAACUUUCUUUAUUUUAGAUGAUUUGGUAACAAAAAUAGUAGAUCCAGGAUGUUAUGGAACGCGUUUACGAAACCAAGGUAGGAACUACUUGUAAUGUAAUCCUUAAAAGAGAAGAUAACAAGUAGUAGAAAGGAUGAAAUUGUAAGAAACCCAGGAAGAAUAAGAAAAUAUGGCUGUUGAAGGCAGGGUUAUAAAACAGUUACACAACAUUCAUUCAGGCAAAUAAACCAAGGUAAAGAACUGCGCCUUAAAUAUAAAAUAACUUAAACAGAUAAUAGGAAACAAAACGAGAGUGAGUUAAUUUAAGGAAACCAAUUUAGAAAGUUGGGUUAUGGAAGAAAGGAAAGGAAGAAGUCAGGUAGGUAUUGUGGGUGAAAUAAGGAAUGGAAUCGAUCAAUGGAAUGUUGCAUGGAUAGAACAAAUGAAAGAGCAGAUGAAAGACGCACGAGGUGAAUGGAAACUCCAGUAAAAAUGCAAACAGUUUACGUUUAUUUUUUAGUUUGUUACCUUUACCUAUAAUAAUACAAAUCAAAAUUCAACGGAAAUGCUACAGAUUCUUAGAUAGUACAAAAGAGAUGGCAGGGGACUAGAGUAUCAAAUACAACGAACUUUAGUGAGUCUAACAAAAAGUUUUCAAUUUUCAGGCAAACUUGUUCCACAACGACCAGUUCAGUUCAACAAUUCAUCAGAUUGGUGCAAAACUAAAUAUGAAAUGACCUCAUCCGAUUUACUUCCAACUGUUGUAAAACAAAAACUUGAAAAGUUUGGUGAAAAUAGAUCAAGGAUAAAUAUUAGUGAAAUGACCGACGACAAAGGGCACGUGGAAAAGUAUUGUAUUCAGUUAAAGGAUAAAACGCCACAAGGAUUAUUCAAUAGUUCAUAUAUGAAAACUGUUGCUUUGCCAAAUAUGGUCCGUCCUGAUCCAGAGGGACUAGUCUCGGGGAUUGUUGUGUUUGUGAAUAGCAAUAUAUCAUACCAGACUGAAAUACCUCUUGGAGAACUGUCAGUAUAUCGACCUCACAAGUAUUUACAGCUCUCAAAUGUUAAGUUUUCAUAUCGUUCUACGAGCAGCCAUAACACCUUUGUGGGUCGUGGGAAUUAUAAAUUGUGCGGUUCAAAAUUUGAUGUAGAAAUUGCGAGAACAAAAGAGGAUAACGUUCGUAUUCAUGGCCAAUCACCUGAUCCUGUUGAUGUUGAUAAAAUUGAACUGACAUUCGGGACGGAACUUGCAUCGGAAAGAAUGUUAAAGGUUUUGAAAACAUACGGAGUGUUUUCAUUGCGAAUCAUGAAGCCAAAUGUUGAGAUGUACCUCAGUAGAACUGUAAGCGCCAAGUUUUCAGGACUUAGUUAUGUUGAGAAGUUCAAAACAAAUGCCAAGACAGAAAUACUUGUUGGGAAAUUGUAUAAGAAGUAUUUAUUGACUACAGGAAUAAUUUUUAAUGAUAUACCAUUAGGAACGUUUAUCUCAUCUUUCACUGGAGUCUACUUGAGGUAUCUGGAUAUGUUUCAGGCCAAGAAUGGAAACAAUAAGGUAAGAUUAUAGACAAUGAAACUUCAUUGUGUAAAGUAACGCCUGCAUUAUGAAAAAUGACCAAUUUAGACAAAGUGCUAGAAAAAUAAAACAAAAGAGACUUGUUUACACGGUUUGAUUUAAACUAGCAAUGGAUGAACCGUCUAAACAUAUUGACUAGGGGUCUUUUAAAUAAAAGCCCUUCAGGGUUUGUUGAAGACUCCUAUAUAGCCCUAAUUAUUUCUUCUAAUAUGUAAAUAGUUGUUUUUGUUGGCAAAUUAUGGGCAAAUAAUAAUAAAAAACAACAAAACAAAACAAAACAAAACAAAACAAAACAAAACAAAACAAAACAAAACAAAACAAGAAAACUAUCUUGGUAUGAUAAUGCAGCAAAAACAGAUGAUACGCCAAACUUAGUUCGUGUUGGAGGAUGAUCCGUCGAUGUGCACUGUAAAUUUAGCAUUAGACGAACUAUCGGGACAUUGUCAGUUUGUAUUGCGCUUUUCUCGCUAAUUCGCCUGGAUAGCUCGUCUUGUGUUUAUGCUAAGAUGGAAAAUCCGUCAGAUCACUGCGUCCUAGUCGUACGGACAACGCGACCUAACGGAUGAUCCAUCUUCAGUAGAAAUGCUGAAAUGAAGCCAAUCUCUCUUUUCAAUAUCAACUGAAACACUUUCCUUUUAGAUUGGCCUUUCAUUGUCUGCGCACCAAGUGGACUUAACCAACAUUCCAUUUAUGGCUUACACCUCAGAACCUCUGGCAUCAGCAUUUAGUACCAAUAUUCCCAAAGGCCUUUACAUGGCUGCUUUGUCCGGAACACCGAAAAAUUGUCAGGAAUAUAACACCUUCUGCAGGUUGAUUCAAAUAGUUCUUGGCAAGGAUAGAGAAUUUAUGCUGACUGGUGAGACAAGUUGGCAGUGGACCCACUUUAAGGCUUCUAUUCAGAACCCAGCUAUGUCACAACAGUUGCCAGUUGAGAAAGUGAAUAUUGAAGUAAAG